AGUGGGCAAAUAAUAAAGAACAGAAACAGAGUUACACAUAUGGGGUCAAAAAAGAUUCCCCAAACCCUCAACGGGCACUUUUCUCUUGUACUUAUCAUCACCAUAAUGAUGGUGACUCACUCCCAUGGAUUUCAACUGGAGAUCAGGAACGAGCUCUCGGGUCGGUACAGGAGGCUUGUGUACAAAUGCUGGUCCCGCGACAACGAUCUAGGGUGGCGAGAAGACUGGCCAGAUCAACAGAAGAACUGGUCCUUCGCUAUGUCGCUAUUCCACACCUUUUUUCACUGCAACUUCCAUACAGGAUACGGACGUGUGGACAAGCAGCUAGUUGUAUCGUGGGAGAUGAAAGAGCAGUGUGGGGACAGGGACAAAUGCACUUGGGUCGUUAAGAAGGAUGGGCUCUACUUGAGACAGUGGAAGACCAAAUUUUUUAGUAACAAGUAUGGUAACGAGAGGUGGAAUGAGUAUGUUCAACAUGAUGUCCUCCAGGAAGCUUGGAGCUAAAUUAACAAUUUCACUGAUGUUGAUCAGUAUGAAGAUCGUAACAAUGUCGUGAUUUUCGUCUCUGUAUGUUGUUAUUCGUGUUAAUAAAACCAAAAAUAUAAUGUGUAAAUUUAUAAAUGGUGAAAAUGAGAAAAAAAAACGUAUCUAUGAUUAUGUUUUGUUGUU